AUGAAGUCCAAGGAUGUGGAGGAUGCUGGAUGCGUUGGGCAGUGGAUUGACAACCGAAAACGGGCAAGUGACGAUGCUGACUCUUUCGUGAAAUCAGCCAUGACAAUAAGUCAGUCGGCGUCAUCCAUUGGUGCCUCCGCGCAGACCCUACGCAAUUUGGACAGAGGCCGAAAAAGGAGUGAAUCCUCCAAGAAAUCGGCUGGCAAGAAGACCAGUAGCGCACCGUCUUUACUUCCUCAGAUAAAGGUGAAAUCUGCGAAGCAGGGCAAGGCGACGGGCAGACCACCGAUUUCUGCCUCAAACCCCUCAGGAGGGGCGCGGAAGGGAUCAUUGAAGGGGAAGGCAACUGGUUCGAUUUCUCUGACGUCUCAGAGCACAGGUGGUGGCAGCGUGGGGAAAAGGGGCAAGUCCCCCAAAUCAAGAGGUGGGGCGAAAGGAGGGAAAAAGCGACCUUCAUCGAUUGGGAGGCCCUCAAGCAGGGGAUCGAAGGGGUCAUCUCGGCGGGGGUCUCGUUUAAGUCGAGGCAGUGGACGCACGAGCACGAAGGGAAAAGGGGGGCGGAAUUCGAGAGGAAAGAAAGGCAAAAAGUCUAAGCGUAGCAAAUCUUUUGCGGGUGCCGAUAAGAUCACAUAUGCUAUUUCUUCGUUAACUUUAGCGGAAGAAGACCAGCGAAGCAAUAUUUGGGCAAUGGAAGAGACUGAGCGUGAUGCUCUCCUCCCUGAUUAUCACCUACUCGUUAUAAACAUGCUCCGGGCCCAAGUUGUUGAAGUAAAUGCGCGCCAGCAGUCCUUAAACGAUGCCUUCAUGUCUAGACAGGGCAAUGGUCUCAACUUUUUAUUGGGAGAUGACCCUGCCGCAGCACUGGAGCUUUUGCGGACGCAGAUACGGUUAGAAAUGCAGGGGGAAGUGGAAAAGCUCGCUUCGGCAAAUGCGGUACUAAGUGGCCUUCUUGAGGAAAAGAAAGCUGAGUUAGAGGAAAAAACCAACGAGGCGCAGUCACUCCAGGACAAGGUCAAUCGUAGGCUUGCCCGUUUUGAAGUGGAUUGUGAAGCACUUCGCACUGAGGUCCAAUCUGCAUUGAAGACUGAACGUUUAGAUAUCGAUAGAAUGAAGCGUGAGCUCAUUCGUCGCCUAGACAUGGCAACCGCUGCGCUGCGUACGCCCAAGUAUGAUACAGCGCUGCGCUCCAUGCAGGCACUGGUGCAGAGUGUGCAGGAUGAGAUACAGGAGCAUCAUGAUAACAUGAGUAAGCUGAUUGUAUCAAUUGAGGCUCAGGACACUUUUGUUCGCAACAAAAGCGAUACAAUGCACAGCAACUUUCCCGUCCGCUACAGAGAAGAGCUGAGGAAAUUGGACAACGACAAGCUACUGAACCUGCUGGACAUCUUGUCUUUCCACGAUUCUGUAGUAGAAACUGUUGGUAAGACGUUGUAUGUAAUAAGUAGCACAGGUUACGCUACAAAUGUUUUCUAG